AUGAAGGAUUUAGGUGCUGCAAAAAAGAUUCUUGGGAUGGAGAUUCGCAGGAAGAGGAGCUCUAGGAAAUUAUGGCUGUCUCGGAAAGGCUACAUAAAGAAGGUCUUAGAAAGGUUUGACAUGGCAAAUGCAAAACCGGUUUCUAUACUUUUGGCGAAUCACUUCAAUCUCUAUCAGUCUCCUAAGUGUGAGGUCAAAAUCAGAGGUAUGGAACAAGUUCCUUAUGCUAGUGCAGUCGGUUGUCUUAUGUAUGCUAUGGUUUGUACAAGACCAGAUUUGGCUCAAGCUGUUAUUCAGAUCAGCAAGUACAUGGCGAAUCUUGGGAGAGAACAUUGGAAUGCUGUGAAAUUGGUUCUCAGGUAUUUGAAGGGUACAACUGAAUAUGGACUUAUGUUUAGAGGCCAGAAAUGUGGUUCAGUUGUGGCGUAUGUGGAUUCAGAUUAUGCUGAAGAUUUGGACAACAGAAGGUCUACCACAGGGUAUGUUUUUACAUUGGCUGGAGGACCUAUAUGUUGGAGAUCUGUGCUACAAUAUGUUGUUGCAUUGUCUACCAUGGAAGCUGAAUACAUGGCAUUAGGAGAUGCUGCAAAGGAGGCAUUAUGGGUUCAAGGACUUGUGACAGAAUUGGGUGUUGAGCAAGGUGGAGUUCAGCUACAUUGUGAUAGUCAGGAUGCAAUAUUUUUGGCUAAGAAUCAAGUGUAUCAUUCAAGGACGAAGCAUAUUCAUAUGAGGUUUCACAAGAUCAGGGAGUUGGUGGCUUCUGGUGAGAUCAUUCUGGAGAAGGUGCAUACGUCAGAGAAUGCAGCUGAUAUGUUGACCAAGGUAGUCACUGCGGAAAAGUUCAAGCAUUGCUUGGAGCUGCUCCAUGUCUUCCAAUGCUAA